AACUCUUUGACAUGAGACAAGGUAUUGGAAGGUUUUCAUUAAUUAUGAAAUUAGUAUGAGUGCCAUUUGAUUACAAUACUGAUGAACACACAGAGGCACCUGCUACAAGAUGUAGUUUCCACAAAGGAACACCUAACAUAUGCAUAUAAUUCAUUAAUAUUUUUCUGUACCUUUUAUAAAUAAAAAUAUUACAGUUUUAAUAGGUGUUUUGUUUAUUUGUUUGUUUUUUUUGUGGAUGGACACAUAUAAUAGUCCCAAACACAUGAACAACACAAAUAUUUGCUUUUUAUAUGAUUAACUGCUAUAAUGUACUUAAAGCAGUUUCUUUAGUUCAUUCUGUACCAUAGUGAAGGUAUUUUAUUUCUUGUUCAUAGAAUGUUCUUGAAGUGCUUCAGACUUAGAUUUCUCACCUGAAAUAAAGACCUCAUAAGCAUGACAAUGUUAGUCAGAAUAAUUAAAAAAAUAAAUCUAGGAAUAACAAGAAAUGGGUACUAUCUAGAAGUACUUGCAAGUGCUUGCAUAGUUUCACAAAGAAACUCAACUUCAGUCACUUACUAUUUUCCUCUGUAUCUGAGAUACUGUUGAUUCCAGUAAAUUUGCUGAUUAAAAUUCUGGAAAUAUAGGCUCAACCAGGCACAACUAUCAUGUUAGAAUUAAGGAAAUUUCAUUGCUGUUUCAUCCAGAACAUCAAUAAUUGUGUCUUUCAGUUAAUAAUGUAGGGAUUUAAAACUGAUUUUUUUGGGGAUACAAUUGCUUACUUUUCUACAGAUUUUAUAUUAAUGAGGUUUUAGAUAUGGCAUUUGUACCAUUACAGGUGCCAGGGUAUAUUUACAAGAAAACAUAUAAAGAAAAAUUAUUCCUGGACCAGAGAACAAUAUUGUCCUCUAAACUGAUCUGUUCAUGCUCUAAAUUUUGUGGAGAUUUUUUAGCAGUGACCAGGAUGCAGUGAAGUGAGAUUGAGAAAAUGUGGUCACCCAAGGAACUUUCUACCCAUUCACUGUGUAAAGUUCUCACAGUGACUCCUGUGGAAGUCAGAGAGGCCAAAAAACUUACCUCAGAAAAAAAACUUAGACUGGGUUCAAUGAAGAAUUCUUCACAUUCUUAAAAAUUUAUUAAUUUUCUUCUCAUUAUCUUGGCCUAGUUUACUCAUAUUGGGCCCAUGAAUCUCUGUAGAUCUAUCUGAGACUCAUUACCAACCACAGAAAAAGAAAAUGGAAAUGGGACAUGGAAGUCCAGAAGAGAAGACUGACAGCUGUGAAAGAUUGUGUUUUGAUUCCAUCAUCAAAUAGAAGGGAUUAUUUUAAAUUUUGGAGAUGUUAACUUAAAAGAGGUAUUCAGCAUCAUUUAUACAUGUGGGAAACAGUGAAACCUAUUGAAAUUUAAAGUAUUUCUUGAGUAGUGAUUCUUUGGAUUAUUCAUGACUGUUUGUAAAUACUUUUGUAAAUGUAAUAUCCAAACCUUUUUUUUUUAUUUAUUUGACUUAGGAGGUAAACCCUGAGGGGAAAAUUAAGACAGCUUUAGUGUGAGGAAACUGGGUUGUUGUUAAGCUAAGACAGUAAUGGUUUUUUAUCUUCUUGUUACAGAUAACUAAUGUUACCUUCCUUGUGAUUCAGACAUUGUCUUGUAAACCAUCUGUAGAUGGAAAACUGUUAUUGUGAGUUUCUGUCUGAAGGGGUCAGUAAUGUAACACAAUAAAUCUUUUUUUCUGGUUUCACUCUGAAUUUGUCCCGGAAAUGUCUGGGCUACAAUUUAACCCUUCAUUGCAAGAGUUAGUGUUGACUUCUCUUUGGGGUAUUCUUUUUCAAAGUUUUGGUUUAGACACAUCUCUGGUCUCUAUGAAUAGUGAACAAUGACAAUAAAAUUAGUUUUUUGAGUUUUUGUAGUUUCCAGAAAAGGAGUGAAACCUUUCCCCUAAGACCAACAUCAGGAAUCAUUGUUUAGUUUGGAUUUUCUCAAUAAUUUACAAAUGUUGGUGUAAUGUGGUGAUGUUAUUCUAACCCAAAUCCUGGACAUUUCCUGGAAAAAUGAAAUCAUUUUGACUUGAUUAAUCCUCUCACUUCUCUGCCAAGGCUCAGAGACUAACAGUGUGCUGGAAAGAGGCAUUUUCCAUGCAGAGAGUUUCUGAUUCAUACAAGCUCAUUACCUUCACUCAUCAUGGAAGUGUUCCAGCAUCAGCUUCUCAGUCUUGUUGGGGGUUUGAUCUGUUUCUGUACUCUGGUAAAAUGCAUCAGAUUUAUGAAAAACCUCUUCCAUAUAUAUGGAGUUCUUUACCUUAGACUUUCUUUUGGUCAAUGGGAGGGAGAAUGGUCAGUGGUCACAGGAGCAGGAGAUGGGAUUGAAAAGCAUAUGCCUACAGGUAAAAUAGAUAACCCAGAAUCUCUAAGUGAGUAUCUUGUUAGCACCUCUCUCAGGAUUCAUUCAGUUUUUAUGUCAUCAUAUCUUCCAAAUCAGAGAAUCAUAGGCAAACUGCUUCCCUCAAACUGUCACUUAAGGAAGGAUUUACUGUUUUGUUGCUUCCAGCAGGACCUUGUCAACUGCAAUAUUAUUUCUAUAACAAAAGUAAUUUUGAAACAGAUGCAACCAAGUCAGAAAGGUCUAAUUCUGAAUCUGCCCUCUGAUUUGAGUACUUUCCUUUUUCCAUUAUGUACAAUGUACCCAGCUACUAAGGCAAAUCUUUCACGUUGCCUUAUGAAGAACUCCCCAUUAAGUGUUUAUCAAAGCAUUGUAUCAGUAGCGAUUCCUUAUGGUGUAGCAGAAGAGUUUGUUAGUGAAUCGCUGGAGUACAUCACCUUUGGAGAUAAGAUUUUUGGGAUGUCUCACCCAUGA